UUAUUAUUGUUAUUGUUUUGUGCCACGCAAAAAAUACCCACAAAAACAUUGGAAUUCCUGAAGCAGGAAACAGGAUCCCGGCUAGCCAAAUAGAAAUUACGACCCUAGACACCAUCUUCCCCACGAAACGAUUGUCAGAGCAGUGAUUGAUACCGCCACCGAGAGGGGAGAGAGCAGCUGGUGAAGAUGUCGUGGCUGAACAACAGCCUCAGCUCAUUGAAGGGCCAGCUGACUAAUUUGGCCCAGGAGGUGUUGGCCGAAACAGCAGGACCCGGCGAUCCCGAUUUCCAGGGUGGCCAGGAGGAGGCCAAGACCGCAUUGGAACUACUCGCCGAGACGCAGCAGCAAAAGGAACAGCUGGACAUUCGCUGUGAGCAAAAGGAUCGCGAGAUUGCAGCACUUCGCAAGGAGGUUGCCAAGCUAAAGUCGCAAGUCGAUGGAGCCGUCAAGUCGUCGCCCAGCAGCACAUCCUCUAAAGAAGCACAACUGCAAAAUGAGGAUCAGAAUGUGGAGGACAGCUGGUGCUGGGAACCGCUGGCCAGCGAAUCCGGCAAGGCGGUCGAAGGAGGAGCCGCCGGAUCAGGGGACUCCGGCCUGGUGGACAUAGCCCUGGGCAGCCAGGAUGUGAGCAGAUUGAACAGCCGGAUCACAGAGCUGGAGGAGCUGAACCGGCAGCUGAAUGCCUCGCUGGAGGAGCUGGACUCCCAGCACGAACUGGCCAUGCAGGACGUCCUUAAGCACAAGUCCGAGCUGACCGGCCAGGUGGCCCAGCUGAAGCAGAUGCAGGCGGACCGGCUGGUGGAGCACGAGCUGGCCAAUGCCAGGCAGCAGAAGCAGCUGGAGGAGCUGAAUCAGGUGGCGGCCACCGCCAAGAGUCUGCAGGAGGAGCUCCAGCAGAGAGUCGGCCAGCAGGAGGAGGAACUGAAGCGAAGUCUCGCCGAACUGGCCGAGAUGCAGGUCCUGGUGGAGAAGCGCGGUCAGGACAACACGGAGCUGAUCGAAAGGAUACGCCAGGCGGAUGGCGAGAAGGAGAAGCUGAUCAAGGAGCUGGAGGAGCUGCGUCUCAUCAAGGAGAAGAAGACCUCGGAGUCGUCCUCCCAGAGCUCCUCCACCGGCAAGCACAGCGAGGACGAGUUCAUAGUGGUCCGCCAAACGGAUGCCGGCUCCGAGCCCGAUCCGGAGGUCACUCCUCCCCCCUCCAAGGAGAAGCUGCGCGAUCGCCUCGUCUCCCUGGAGGCCCAAAUCUCCGAGCUGUCGUUGACCAACAGCCAGCUCCAGGACGGCCAGCUGGAGAAGCAGCUGAGCAUCAACCUCCUGGGCGAGCAGCUGGCGGAGCUGGAGAAGCGCCUCCACCUGAGCGAGGCGGAGAAGGAGCAGCUCCAGUUGGAUCUCCAGCUGAGACUCCAGCAGCUCACCGUGCAGAACCAGGAGCUGAAGCUGCACGCCGAGGCGGAGCAGGAGGGGCAUGCCCAGGAUCUGGAGGAGCAGCUGGGCACUCUGCGGGAGGAGAACAGUCGCCUCCGCCAGGAACUGGACGCCAGCAUAGCGCAGGCCAAGUUCCGGCAGGCCAUUGCCGAGGAGAAGCAGGAGAUCACCGAUCUGGACGAGGCCGAUUCCGAGGAGAACGUCUUUGACCUGGAAAAGCUGCGCUCCCUGCUCCAGGCCGAGCUGGAGGACCGCCUGGAGGGCUCCCAUCCCCAGCAGGUCCUCGAACGAGCCUGGACGGCGCUGCGUGCGCGCUGGCAGCGCCUGGACGUGGUGGACCAGCGGCUGGCGGAGCUCCAGGACCAGCUGGUGGUGACGGAGCACGAGAAGAAGACCCUCGAGGCGGACAUCUCGCAGUACAUCCUCCAGUGCGACGAGCUGAUGAAGAACAACGAGCUCCUCCUCAACGAGCUGGACAAGUUCAAGCGGAACAAGCUAGAGACCAUCGAGGAGCACCACGAGGAGACCAUCGUCCAGCUGGAGGGCCAGCUAGAGGACGCCCGGCUGCGUCUGGAGGUGGCCCUCCAGGCCCAGCGGGAGCUGCAGGAGGAGCUGGCGAGAGAGUCCUCCGAGCCGGACAGUGACGAGCUCAAGGAGCUCCUUUCCGCCACAAGAAGCAAGCUGGAGAAGGCCGAAGCCCAGCUGGCGGAGAGCCAGGACCUGGAGGAGAUGCUGGCCAACACAAAACAGGAACUUCAAGAGCUGGAGCUGGAGGUGCUCCCGAAUCUCCGACAGGAACUGGAAGCAAAAACCAACCAACAGAAGGCCGCGGAGGAGCAGCACAAGAGUCAUAUCGCCAAGUUGCAGGAGAAGAUCCAGGAGGAGCAGGAGAGGAUAAGGGAGCUCCUCCUCCAGCAGGACAAGCUGGAGCAGCAGAAGGAGCUCAUGGAAGUGGAACAGAACCAGCAGUUGUUCAACAUCAAGAAGGAGUUGACUUCCACGACCACCCAACUGCAGGACUGCCAGGAGAAGCUGUCCCUCCGGGAGGUCCAGCUCUCCGAGCUGCAGGAACAAUUGAAGGACGCCUCCGAGGAGAAGGCCCGGCUGGAGGAGCUACUCCAAAACAGUGGCGGAGACACGGCCCAGGUGCAGGAGCUCCAGCGGCAGUUGGAGGCCAUCCAGCAGAGGGAGCAGCAGUGGCUGCUGGACGCCCAGACGCAGCAGCAGGCACUGCAAUCGGCGGAGGCCCUUGGGCAGGAGAAGCAGGAGCUGAUCAAGGCCCUGCAGCAGAAGCAUCUGGAGAACACCCAGUACUAUGCCGAGAUCCAGAGACUCCAGCCCUUCGAGCUGCAACUGAAGGAGCUGGCCAAGGAGCGCGAGAAGCAGCAGGAUCAGAUCGCUUUCCUCAAGGAGAAGUCCGAUAUCCUGACCACCAAUCUCUUGACCGAACAGACCAACCAACGCCUCCUCCAGCAGCAGCAGCAGGAGGCCCAGGAGCAGCACGCCACUGUGAUGCGGGAUCUGGAGCGGCUGCGGGCCCAUCUCCUCGAGGUGGAGGAACUGCACACCCAGGAAACCGUUGAACUGCAACGGGAACUGGAGCAGUGCCGGUCGCGGCAGUCAGUCCUCGAACAGGAGGUCUCCAAGUCCAGCACCGCCUACACCUCAGCCAGCAUUCGAGCCAACCAGCAGGCGGAGACACUUCAGGCCCAGCACGCCCUCCUCCAGCAGCAGAGGGACGAGCUGCUGACCAAGCUGGGCCAGUACGAGGACCGGGAACUGAAGCAGCAGGCGGCCCUCACCAAUCUCCAGUGCGCCCUGGAACAGUUCCAGAAUGACAAGGAGCAUGAUAUUGAGAUGGCCACCCAGCGGAUAAGGCGGGAGAUGCAGAGCCAGCUGGACCGCCAGGACGUGCUCCAGGCGGAGAUCCUUGGACUGCAGCAGCAGCUGGCGGACGCCAAUCAGGGCCUGAGGGCGGCCGCCCGACUCUCCGACCAACUCGAGGCAGGACAACAGACCAUUGCUGUCCUGCGAGAUGAAGUGGAGAGCCUGAAGGACACAAAUGGGCAACUGGAGACCAGGCUGAACUCCAGCGAGAGCAGCCAGACGGACAAGAUCGACAAGAGCCUGAUCAAGAGCCUCCUCAUCGGAUAUGUGGUCAGUGGGAAUGCCGGCGAUAAGCAGCAGGUCCUGCGGAUGAUAUCCUCUGUGCUGGACUUUUCUGCCCAAGAAUCCGACAAGGUGGGCUUGAAUAAGCAACAAAGUAGCUGGCUGGGCAGUAUCCUGGGAGGUGGCAGCUCUUCAGGAGCAGGAUCAGGAUCUUCCGGUGGCAAUGACAACCUGGUGCAGGCCUUCGUUCAAUUCCUGGAGCAGGAGUCCCAGCCUCAGGCCAAUCUACAAUCCCGACCCACUUUGCUGAGUAUGUCCGGGCAGGUGGAGGCCUCCGCUGCCAACCAGCCAACGCCUCCAGCAGCUCUGCCUGUCCAGGUGCCGGCCAGUGCUCCAGAGAGACCGGAUGAAGGUGCCGGAGCCACCACCAUAGGAUCCAACGAAUUUGCACCUUCGCGGAACUCCAGUUCGAUAUUGAAGGACAUUCUCAGCGAUUCCUGAUGGUGCUAGUUGAGACCCAGCACCAUGUACAAUAAUUUUAAAAUCUGUUUUUUUUUUCUCUCUGUUGUCCUUUUUAAACAUAAAUUGUAAACGUGCAAUCGACGACGCCAUCAACCGCCCCCACAAAUAUCUCUCGCCCUAUAUAUAUAUCGUAUCUGACUAUAUAUAGAUGUGAAUUUAUGUAUACAUGUGUUGACCUGUGUAUAGUGCCCGUGUGUAUAUGUUGCGAAAAGCUAGCAAUCUGUAAAUAUGUAAUAUGCAAUUCUGAAAUAUGAUAAUGCCACCGCAGACACACCGCAGGACGCAGACUUUUGUCCUUGUGGCUUCUCUGUUCGUGGCACGCCUUCACAGCAGCGGCCUUGCUAUUAAUUAAUAGCCGCUAAUAAAUAAUAAACAAUUAUUACAAAAAAAUAA